UUGGGGAGCGGCAGAGAGGGGGGUGCAGAGUCAGCAGUUGAGGGAUUGGGGCCAUGCCAGCCUGAUUAGGAGGGCUGGGGGCUGAGCUGGAUUCACCUGUCCUUGUCUCUGAUUGGCUCCUGGAUACCAACAACCCCCAAAUCCUACUAAGCAGCCCCACCAGGGCCUGCACAGAUCCGUAGACAGCCAUUGGAUUCCCAGUUCUGGGGUCAGAAGGGUGUCUGGGGAGGCCAGAGGCUGGCCUGAGCCUGACUCUGGGGACCCCCUCCAUCCAGAAGAACCAACUCACCGCCCUCCUCCUUCACCUCCUGCCGGGACCAUGGGGGCUGGGGCCAGCGCUGAGGAGAAGCACUCAAGGGAGCUGGAAAAGAAGCUGAAAGAAGAUGCUGAGAAAGAUGCUCGAACUGUGAAACUGCUGCUUCUGGGUGCAGGUGAAUCUGGGAAGAGUACCAUUGUCAAGCAGAUGAAGAUUAUCCAUCAGGACGGGUACUCACUGGAAGAGUGUCUCGAGUUCAUUGCCAUCAUCUAUGGCAACACACUACAGUCCAUCCUGGCCAUCGUGCGUGCCAUGACCACACUCAACAUCCAGUACGGAGACUCUGCGCGCCAGGAUGACGCCCGGAAGCUGAUGCACAUGGCGGACACCAUCGAGGAGGGUACGAUGCCCAAGGAGAUGUCAGACAUCAUCCAGCGGCUAUGGAAAGACUCCGGUAUCCAGGCCUGUUUCGAGCGAGCCUCAGAGUACCAGCUCAACGACUCCGCUGGCUACUACCUCUCAGACCUGGAGCGCCUGGUAACCCCGGGCUACGUGCCCACCGAACAGGAUGUGCUGCGCUCCCGUGUCAAGACCACGGGAAUUAUUGAGACGCAGUUCUCCUUCAAGGACCUCAACUUUCGGAUGUUCGAUGUGGGCGGGCAACGCUCAGAGCGCAAAAAGUGGAUCCACUGCUUUGAGGGGGUGACCUGCAUCAUCUUCAUCGCGGCGCUGAGCGCCUACGACAUGGUGCUCGUGGAGGACGACGAAGUGAACCGCAUGCACGAGAGCCUGCACCUGUUCAACAGUAUCUGCAACCACCGCUACUUCGCCACCACGUCCAUCGUGCUCUUCCUCAACAAGAAGGACGUCUUCUCGGAGAAGAUCAAAAAGGCGCACCUUAGCAUCUGCUUUCCGGACUACAACGGGCCCAACACGUAUGAGGACGCCGGCAACUACAUCAAGGUGCAAUUCCUCGAGCUCAACAUGCGACGCGACGUGAAGGAAAUCUAUUCCCACAUGACGUGCGCCACCGACACGCAGAACGUCAAGUUUGUCUUCGACGCUGUCACCGACAUCAUCAUCAAGGAGAACCUCAAAGACUGCGGACUCUUCUGAGGUGCAUGCGUCCCUGAGACCCUGCAGCCCUUGCCACCUUGUAGCCCCAAUGCACAUGACCCUAUCAGUCCCCCAGGAUUCCUGGGCCCCAGCCUGUGGCCCCACCAGCCACACACUCAACACCCUAAACCCUGCUAGCCUUGAGGCCCUAUAACCCUCCCUCGUGGCUCCCAGGAUUCUCAGGUCUCCAAGAGUCCAAUGCCCCCAGCCACCCCAGCACUGCCCUUCACGGCCUGGCUGCACUGGCCUCCCAGACCUACCACAGCCAGCCCCAGCUAGGAGCAAGCAGGACUUGGGGCAGCUACAGCUCAUGGUGACUCAGCAGUACCCCCACUGACCAAUCUCCUGCCUCUCUUCUGCCCCAGGAGGCCCAUGACUCACCUGGCCA